CUUGAGGCCUUAGGUAGAGUAAUAAAAAUAUCAAUCUGCUUGGUAGUAAUAGCAAAAAAAUAUAAAAUUAGAAAUCUUGAGGAUUUAAUAAAAGGUAGCUUAGUUUAUUUAAUAGUAGAAGGAAGCAAAAGAGUUGUAGCACAA